AUGGGAGCAACGCACAAGCAAAAUGGUGCUCGAAGAACUGAUCACGCUGAGCUUUUGCAAACGCUUCGAAAAAGGAAUAAUGGUUGCGUUAUACAUAUCUACCACAAGAGUUUCUUGGGAUUCGCAGCACUUUUGUCAAAUGAAGAAGCGAAAUCAAUGGAAGAAAGGCGUGGGGUGGUGUCUGUUUUUCCCGACUCGGGUUUACAACUCCACACGACUCGAUCUUGGGAUUUCUUGCGUAACCAAGAUGCUUUUCGAAUUAUUAACAAAACGACUACUGCUACCACAAUCUCUCAUUCAUCUUAUACAUCAAAUUUUUCAUCUGGAGAUUAUGACACUGUCAUUGGCAUGCUAGAUACAGGAAUUUGGCCGGAAGCUCCUAGUUUUAGAGCCACUCCAAGUAUGCGUACAAUCCCGAAUCGUUGGAAGAAAAAAUGCUUGGGAGGACCAAAUUUGACUUGCAACGGGAAAUUGGUUGGAGUAAGGUACUAUGAGAACCAAUAUACUCCAGGCGAUACGACAUCAGGUAGGGACGAGUGGGGGCACGGAACACACACUUCAUCAAUUGCGGCUGGUAUGCCCGUCGGUGGAGCAUCGUCCUAUGGGUUAGCCGAAGGGACCGCAAGAGGGGGGUCCCCAAAUUCAAGAAUCGCGAUGUAUCGUGUUUGUGGAAUUACGAAUUGUUCAAAAUCAGCAAUGCUCAAAGCAAUUGACGACGCAAUUGAUGACAGGGUCGAUGUGUUAUCCAUUUCGUUAGGCGGCCCUGACAAAAGUUUUCUUAAUAAUCCAAUCUUUCUUGGAGCCUUCCAUGCUGCUCUUAAAGGUAUCACCAUUGUGUGCUCCGCAGGGAACACCGGCCCUGAUCGUAUGACCGUUACUAAUUAUGCUCCUUGGAUACUAACUGUUGGUGCAACCAAUAUCGACCGUGAUUUCAAGGUCGAUAUCGUAUUGGAUGGGAAAAAAGUGAUUAAGGGUGGAGGCAUCAACUUUUCCCGUCUCAAUAAUUCUUAUCAUUUAAUUGACGCAGUACGUGCAGCCUCCAACCCACGAGAUAAAUACAAUGCCAGCCAUUGUUUCCCAGGUUCAUUAGAUUACCGCAAAGUGAAUGGGAAAAUACUUUUAUGCGAAAACGACGAUUACGACUACGAACCGACAGAAAAGUUCGAGUCAAUAACGAAACAAGGUGGUGUUGGUAUGAUAGUGAGUGAUGACUUUUAUUUCCGUCUGCCGACGGCUUAUGGAACCUAUCCGAUUGCCGCUGUCAGCAAAGAAGAUGGAGCUCGAAUACGAAAAUAUAUCAACUCAAACAGGGAAGUAGUGGCGAGAAUUUUACCGACUGCAAUGAUCCUGAAUAUCAAGCCAGCACCUGUUGUAGCACACUAUUCUGGAAGAGGCCCACCACCUGGCAUUUCAAAUCUUAUUAAGCCUGAUGUUGUCGCACCUGGUGACUUUAUCCUUGCUGCAUAUCCACCAUUGGAUGACUAUACGAAGAUCAGGGGCAGGGAUCCGCCUGGCUUUGCUUUAUUAUCGGGCACAUCCAUGGCGUGCCCUCAUGUUUCAGGACUCGCCGCACUUAUCAAAUCGCUGCAUCCCACAUGGAGUCCAUCUGCUAUUAGAUCAGCUAUAAUGACGACAGCAAUUCAAACCAACAAUCUACAAGGCCAAAUUAAAACAAGUGAAGGGAUAACAGCCACCCCUUAUGACGUUGGGUCAGGGGAAAUAAGCCUCACGGCUUCACUACAACCAGGGCUUGUGUACGAGACCGAAAACUCCGACUAUUUUCAAUUCCUUUGCAACAUGGGUCACAACACGUCUACAAUUCAAACCAUGGCGUCGAAUUAUAUCCCUCACAAUUUUUCUUGUCAUUGUGAUUCGCGUCCUGAUUUGAUCUCCGACAUGAACUACCCUUCAAUAGCCGUUUCCGGAUUGAAAGCUGAUGGAAAAUCAAAGACGGUGAAAAGAACGGUAACAAAUGUUGGCGAACCAUACUCGACCUACACUGUAUCCAUUGAAGCUCCAACUAGUUUGGAAGUUCAAGUGGUGCCAAGUACUCUGCUGUUCACCAAACAUAUUAACAAACUAUUCUUUUAUGUGACAUUUAAGAUUAAUACUUCGUCGGCUGGUGAGAAAGACUCGUUUGGUUCGAUCACAUGGGUAAGUUCAAAGCACAAAGUUUGGAGCCCAUUUGCUGUGAGCAAGGCUUAA